AUGCCAGCUCCAUCGCAAGACGUUCUCAAGGAGAUCUUCAACCUCUACGACGAGGAACUCGACGGAAAGAUCGAUGGCACCCAAAUCGGAGAUGUCGCUCGUGCCGCCGGACUCAAGCCAACUCAAGCCAUGGUUGUGAAGGCCUCCGGACAAGAGUUCAAGCGCAAGGGAGAGAAGAGAAUCACUUUCGAGGAGUGGCUCCCAAUCUACGAGCAACUUUCCAAGGAAAAGGAGCAAGGAACUUACGCCGAUUUCUACGAGGGACUCAAGGUUUUCGACAAGGAAGAGACUGGAAAGAUCUUGGCUGCUGAGCUCAGACACAUCCUUUUGGCACUCGGAGAGAGACUCUCCGCUGAUGAGGCUGAUGAGCUCCUCAAGGGAGUUGAAGAUGGAGAAGGAAUGGUCAAGUACGAGGAUUUCAUCAAGAAGGUUUUGGCCGGACCAUUCCCAGACCAGGACUAA